AAAACAUUGAUAUAUGUUGUGAAGGUCAUUGAACCUUGAACAUCAAACCCCAUGAAAAUGAGCAGGUAUCACCCCCUGUUUAUCUUCCUCUUGAUCGUCUUCUUCAUUGUUCAGUAUGUUUCUUGUCAAUUACCAUCAACUCAGGUGGCCACCAUGAAAAGCCUGCAUGAGUUGUUGAAGAACAACGCAAAUUCCAAGUGGAAUUCUUCGCUAAACUUAGAAAACCCAUGUUCAUGGACAGGCGUUUCCUGUAGUAAUUCCUCAAUAACUGGUCUUACUCUGUCUUCUUUCUCCAUCUCCAAUGCCCAAGAUUCUUGGUCUUCUCUGGUUUGCGGAAUUGGAACCUUGCAACAUCUUGAUCUUUCCAACAAUAUCCUGACGUCAAUCCCACAACCAUUCAUCUCUUCUUGUGGUCGGAUUACUGGUUUGAAACUUUUGAAUUUCAGCCAGAACAGAUUGAGUGGCCCCUUGCCUGUUUUUCAGGGUUUUAGUUCUUUAGAGGUUUUAGACCUCUCUAAUAAUAUGUUUAAUGAUGCAUCGAUUGAUUUGCAAUUUGAUGGCUUGAAUGAGCUUAAGAGUUUGAACAUUAGUAACAACCAGUUCAGAGGACCUAUUCCCACUAAGCUAGGUAAUUCGAUGCUUCUUGAAGAGCUUCAGUUAUCCAGAAAUUAUUUCGAGGGUAACAUCUCUGAUGAAAUCACGAAGUACGUCAAUCUCUCUUUGCUUGAUCUAAGUGGGAAUAAACUCACUGGGAUGAUUCCUUCUAGAAUUGGUGAACUCUCUAAUUUGCAAUUGUUACUUCUCUCCGCCAACCAACUGUUUGGUGAAAUUCCCCCAUCGAUUUCCGGAAUCACUACUCUUAAGAGAUUUGCUGCAAAUCAGAAUCAGUUUAUCGGUGCAAUCCCACUGGGAAUUACUAGAUAUCUCAGGAACUUAGACCUCAGUUAUAAUCGGUUAACUGGGUCGAUUCCAGCUGACCUCUUGUUGCAGCAGAAUUUACAGACUGUUGAUUUGUCCGCUAAUAGCUUAGUGGGGUCGAUUCCUUCCACUGCCUCAAGAAAUUUGUUUAGAUUGAGGUUGGGUAACAAUUCGCUAGUUGGGCAAAUACCAAGAUGGUUGUUCGGGGAUGAUGUUCCGUCAUUAGCUUAUUUAGAGGUUGAUAACAACAACUUGAAUGGGAGCAUUCCACCUGAGUUGACGAUCUUCAAGAAUUUAUCACUUCUGGACUUAUCAUUUAACAAUUUGGUGGGUUUUCUUCCUCCCGAGUUGGGUAAUCUUAACAGAUUAGAGGUUCUCCAACUUCAACACAACAAUUUGUCUGGAAAGAUUCCAGAUGAAAUCAGCCAGUUACAGAUUCUAGUGAAACUAAACAUUAGCUGGAAUUCACUGAGUGGUUCCAUCCCGCAAUCCUUCUCUAAGUUACAGAGGCUAUCUAAUCUGGAUUUGCAGGUCAAUAAUCUCAGUGGCCGAAUUCCUGAGUCCUUUGGAACCAUGGAUUCAUUAUUAGAGCUUCAACUUGGAAAAAACCGAUUUAAUGGUGUUGGAUCACUGCCCACAAAGCUGCAGAUCGCUCUAAAUCUUAGUCGCAAUGACUUUGAAGGGCCAUUACCAUCUGCUCUCUCCGAAUUACAAGCUCUCGAAGUCUUGGAUCUCUCAAACAAUGGAUUCUCAGGUGGAAUUCCAAGUUUCCUUGGUCGAAUGCCAAGCUUGACACUAUUGCUACUCUCCAACAAUAACCUUACAGGAACCAUACCCACAUUUGGUUCAAACGUAAUCGUGUCCACAGAUGGUAAUAGUUUGUCAAAUCCGACACCAACCCCGCCUGUACCUGUGGCCAAGAACAAGAAGCCUGUGUCAUGGGGGAUCGUUGUGGCUGCCACGUCAGCUGUUGUUGUUCUUACAGUAGUAGCAAUCGUGGCGCUUAUAUACUCUAGGAAAGUUCACAAGGUCAACGAUGAGGAAAGACAUUCAUCUCGGCUGCAGGUCAUAAGAAGCAAUUUGUUAACCGGAAAUGUGAUUCAUAGAUCUAAUCUUGACUUCAAUAAGGCAAUGGAAGCUGUGGCAUAUCCAUCGAAUGCUUUCUUUAAGACGAGAUUUUCUACGUAUUACAAGGCUGUAAUGCCAUCGGGCAUGAUCUAUUUCGUUAAGAAGCUUAACUGGAGUGACAAAAUAAUCCAACUUGGCAGCCAUAGUUUGCUUGAAGAGGAGCUUCAAGUUCUUGGGAAGUUAAGUAAUUCAAGUGUCAUGACUCCUCUUGCCUAUGCCUUGACUACCAAUAGUGCCUAUCUUUUCUACGAGUUCACCAAAAAAGGAAGUCUUUUUGAUGUUCUUCAUGGAAACUUGGCAAGUGGUUUAGAUUGGACCAAUCGGUACAGUAUCGCUAUAGGUGUUGCUAACGGCUUGACUUUUCUUCACGGAUGCCCCUCGGGUCCAAUCAUCCUCCUUGAUCUUUCGAGUAAAGUCAUUAUGCUCAAGUCCUUGAACGAACCUCAGAUUGGUGAUAUUGAGCUUGCUAAAGUGAUCGAUCCUUCAAAGAGUACAGGCAAUCUUUCUGCUGUUGCUGGUUCUGUUGGAUAUGUCCCUCCAGAGUAUGCGUACACAAUGAGGGUGACGACAGCAGGAAAUGUCUACAGUUUCGGUGUGGUUUUGCUUGAAUUGUUGACAGGAAAAGCAGCAGUUAGCGAAGGAUCUGAGUUAGCCAAGUGGGUAUCGAGCAAAUCAAAACAGCAAGAUGACUAUGACCAAAUACUCGAUUCCACUGUGAGUAGGACAUCAUCCUUGAUUAGAGACCAGAUGUUAGCGGUCCUAAGGGUUGCUUUAGCCUGCGUCAAUGUCUCACCUGAUGCAAGACCGAAAAUGAGGAGCGUGCUACCUAUGCUCCUUAAUGCAAGAAACUAAGAAGAUGAAUGGUAAUGACCAUUUACGCUAUUAUUUUUAAGCUUUCUAUCCAUGGAAUGAUACAAGCCUUUUGUAUGCAUGCCAUAUAGGUUAAUUAGUUUUGUGUAAACUAUACAGACGUCAAACUACAUGAAAAUGCAACGUACUUUGUAAAUAUGAACUUAUUUUUUCUUCUAUGGGGCAUUGUUGGCAAGACAAAUAAGAACUCUCACUACAAGAAAAAUCUUUUCUAGCAACAUGCGGAUUACGACACAAAGUCAAAAAUGCGUGCGUAACUCUAGCUUUUCGAGUCUUCUAAUUUGCCACUAAUGUAAUCGAGUCACUAGCUAGGCAAAUAAUCUAUAAAUGUCUGAAGUAUAUCCUUGUGUAAGAAGAGACGAGUGAGCUUUUGUGAC